AUGGUGUUGAACGAGUUAUCUCAGUUUCAAAUUCAAGGUCUUGCGUCAAGUUUCUCAAAGAGAUUAGCUAGUGAAACUAAUUCAUUGUUAAUAGGAUCAGUACCGACAGGUAGACAAGCAAAAAGACAUGCACAACAAAUCAAUUAUUCUGAGGAAGUAUUAGAUGAUUUUGAUUUUGAAAAUACUCCUGGCGACCAGUUUUCAACAAGUGGAGCUUUCGCUUCGAAUGGAACAAAUUAUAACGGAUUUAAUAGUCAAAGAAGUCUAAUGGAAUCAAAAACGCAAGUUGAUGCUCAAAAAUACGGACCCGCCAGAAAUACACCGAAAUUUAAAGAAUUGGACGAUGAGUCUAAUAUCAAAAACUUAAUAGGAAAGCCUGAAAUCCUUAUACCUAUAAAAUUGAACUUGGAAACUUCCAAUGGAAAUCACAAAUUGAAUGAUAUAUUUAUGUGGAGUUUGAAUGAUUCGUUGAUAACACCUAUUCAAUUUUCUGAAAUUUUAUGCAAUGACUUGGAAUUACCAAACUCAAUGAUAUCAACCAUAGCUGAUUCUAUACAACAACAGAUUGAUGAAUACUCCUAUGCAUCAACUUUAACAAUCCCACAUAACAAUCCUGUCAAUAUAAUAAUUGAUUUAUCGGUUAAUCUAAAUAAGCAGUUGUAUCAAGACAGAAUCGAAUGGGACCUAAAUCAAAAUUUAGUUACACCGGAGCAAUUUGCAGAAAUAGUUUGCGCAGACUUAGGUUUAUCUUUAGAGUUUAAUCUUGCAAUAUCUCAUGCUCUACACGAAAUAAUAAUUAGAGUUAAAAAAGAAAUCAUAGAAGGAUCAUUUAAUAAUGAAAUACACAAUUUACAUUUAGUAAAAGGUGUCAUAUUUGAAAAUGGGUUGAGGAUAUUUACAGAAAAUAGUAUUAAUAACGGAAACGAUCAUUGGGAACCUUCCGUAGAAGUCUUGAGCUCAAGUGAAAUUGAAAAGAGAGAAAAUGAAAGAAUUAGAAACUUGAGAAGAUUGAAAAGAGAGAAUAUGAGAAGAGAUUACGACGAUACUAAAAGAAGAAAUGUAGGUAGAAGAAGAAAACAUGAUGAGGAUGAAUGGAGAUUGUAA